AUGUGGGUGAUUGGCUCAUCAUAUCGUGUCGCUCAUGAGGCGGACUCUGUUUCCACUCGUACAGUUAAUAACAAAGAUGCUCACUCCUUCCCUGAACCCAUUGUACAGCUAGCAAAACGAGCGAAAAUGAACACCGACGUACGAAGAAAUGUUUUUUGUACCAUAGCAAUAUCGGAUGACGAGGAUUCAGCAUUUGAAGGCCUUCUACGCCUUUCGCUUAGGGGACAACAAGAAAGGGAAAUAAUCUAUGUAUUGAUUAUUAUGAUGCUAAAGGAGAAAGCAUCCAAUCCAUUUUAUCCAACACUGAUCGCAAGGUUUUGUGACUUCGACAAAAGGUUCAUCGUGAGUUUGUCUUUUUUGUUUUACGAAGCUUUCUUUCGCUUCCUCACAAUAUUUAUUUGGGUAGUGUCUAUUUUACCCUUUACCUUCCCUGUAAAACCACUAUCAUCGCUAUUCAUUCAAUUGCGGCAGUUUUGA